UUCAGGGGCUCUGCGGGUCCCUGCGGGGCUGGGGUCGGGCUGGCGGGAGUCCGGGCGCGGCACCUCCUUUCGCCCCACGGAGUCCGCGGCGGAGCCCCGAGCCGUGUCCCCGGCCCGGUGUCCCCUGGCGUGCGGCCGUGGCGCUUGGAAACUGACCUGCUGAGUCACUCGUGCGCUUGGUUCUGGAGGACACAUGCCGGCGACAGGACUUCAACCCCAGCGAAUACGAUCUGAAGACACUUGUCAGUGGAUUUAGGGCGCACCCCAGUCCAGGAUGACCUCAUCUCCAGAUCCUUAACUCAGUUAGAGCUGCCACGCCCUUAUUUUCAAGUUUCAAAGGAAUGUGCUUGACCUCUCUCUCCAGUGGAGAUUCGCCAACCUACCCAACAAUGCCAAGCUGGAGAUGGUGCCCGUCUCCCGGAGCCGCGAGGGCCCCGAGAACACGGUUCGCAUUGCUCUGCAGCUGGACGACGGCUCUCGGUUGCAGGACACUUUCUGCUCGGGCCAGACGCUCUGGGAGCUGCUCAGCCAUUUUGCACAGACCAGGGAGUGCCUGGAGCCGCCGAGCGAGGCCAGCCCGGUCUGUGUGUACAUGAGGGAUGAGGUGGCCGGCAGAGCCUCCUUGCAGGCCACGACACUCAAGUCCCUUGGCCUCACAGGGGGCAGCGCCAUCAUCAGGUUUGCCAUGAGGCGAUGCAGCUCUGCUGGGCUUUCACGGAGCAGAGCCCCAGGAAGCCCUACCGCCUCGCUGUCGGCUGACCAGGCUGCCGGCAGCCCUCUGCCCCCGCUGGGUUCAGCGGGGCUCAGCCGGGGGGACGUGAGCCAUCAGGACGAAGCAGACAUCUCAGGGGCCGGCCGUGUGGACACUCCAGCCAAGCAGAUCUCCAAGGAACCCGCGCCCGCCCCCUUUGUUCCUUUCUCAGGUGGGGGGCAGCGACUGGGGGGCCCCUCCGGCUUGGCCCGGUCUCUGAUGUCACCUUCAGCCAAACUGCCUAAGUCCUUCUCCAGCCCCGGAGGCCCCUCCAAGCCGAAGAAGUCGAGGCCUGGCCAGGAGCCCCCGCCAGAGGCAGAGCCGCCCGUGGACCGGGACCCCGUGGUGUGCCACCCCGACCUGGAGGAGCUGCUGCAGGCCUGGCCUGCAGAGCUGCCAGACGAGUUCUUCGAAGUGACUGUGGACGACGUGAGGAGACGCUUGGCCCAGCUCAGGAGUGAGCGGAAGCGUCUGGAAGAAGCACCCUUGGUGACCAAGGCUUUCAGGGAGGCCCAGAGGAAGGAGAAGCUGGAGCGCUACCCUAAGGUGGUCCUGAGGGUCCUGUUUCCUGACCGCUACAUCCUGCAAGGCUUCUUCCGCCCCAGCGAGACGGUGGGGGAUCUACGGGCCUUUGUGAGGAGCCACCUGGGGGACCCCGAGCUGCCCUUCUACCUGUUCAUCACUCCUCCAAAAACCGUCCUGGAUGACCCCACGCUGACCCUCUUUCAGGCGGAUCUCUUCCCUGCGGCCCUCGUGCACUUCGGAGCGGAGGAACCAACCGGCCUCUUCCUGGAGCCUCGGCUGUUGGAACACACAGUCUCCCCAUCUGCAGCGGACAUGCUGGUGGCCAGGUGCAUGUCCAGGGCUGCUGGAACCCCACCCCCGAUGCCAGCCCCUGACCCUGCGCCCCUCGAGUCAGAGCCAGCGGCCGAGGCAGGGGCAGUGGGCCUCUCUGAACCCAGCCCUGGAGUGGCCCAGCCAGUCAGGAGGGAUCUGGGGAAGGUCCCCAAGUGGCUGAAGCUGCCAGCCAGCAAGAGGUGAGCGCCACCAGCCUGGACGUGCCCUGUGUGCCGGCCGCGGGAACCCUCCCCACCCUGAGUGGAAAUAAAGGCGUGAGCUGCUCUCGA